AUGGCUGGGAGCCGGCUGGAGACGGUGGGGAGCAUCUUCUCGCGGACUCGGGACCUCCUGCGGGCUGGAGUGUUGAAGGAGAAGCCUCUGUGGUUUGACGUAUAUAAAGCCUUUCCCCCACUGAGGGACCCAGUCUUCCAAAGACCCCGCUUGAGAUAUGGCAAAGCCAAAGCUGACAUCCAGGACAUCUUUUACAACGAGGACCGCAUUCGAGUGAAGUUUUAUUCAGCCUAUGGAUCUGGUCAAAAAGCUUUUGAUCUAUUCAAUCCAAACUUCCGAUCUACCUGUCAACAGUUUGUAGAGAAGUACAUGGAACUACAGAAACUGGGAGAGACAGAUGAAGAGAAGUUAUUUGUGGAAACAGGGAAAGCCUUAUUGGCAGAAGGUGUCAUUUUAAGACGGCUAGGAGAAGCAAAGCCCGAAAGUGGUCAUGUUUCCUCAAAAUCUGAACACACAAGCCUCCAGCCCCAGACUGUGUUGGAAGAAAAGCAGCCAGAAAAAGUUCCACAGGAGCAGCAUCCAGAGGCUGAAGAACAGUUGAAAGGUCUCCCACCUCCCUGA